UUAAUUAGAUAUUUUAUUUGUUUUAAAUUUCGUAGUUUCUACAUUUUAGAUAACCAAUCAGCUUGUUUAAACAAGCUUCCCAGUUGUUUUGAUUAAUUUUGGCAAUUAAUGGCAACCCUAAUCGAGCAACGCCGAGUUUCAGCAUGUUUUCUUAAUUUUACCGGGCAAAAUGUACUUAAUUAUAUAAUCUAGGGCCUUUGCAGCGAUGGAUCCCAUAGAUAUCAACAAGCGGAAGCCCAGACGCACACACGGCACACCUUCCUAUACGUACCGCAAUCGAUUUGCCUAUGCCUUGCUAGCCGCUGGAUCUGUGCUAUUCGGGAUUUGGAGUCUUACGCCCAUACAACGCAUUGCAAACGAAAAAUUCUGCCAGGCUGUGGCUGAAACGGAAGAGGAGCGCGAUAGAAAGGGACUGUUCCAGUUUGCCGCUCCCAGAACUUCGAAAUUUAUUAGGGAGGCCAUUGAGGAAAGUGAAGAUCAAAGAAAUAAAUAAUGGAUCGCAAGACGCGGCGGGCAAACUUUAAGAACCUUCAGCCUCGGUAAUUAAAAUUAAUUUAAUUAAAAUUUAUUUGUUGAUCAAUAAAAUGUAUUUAGUAAUCUAAUCAAACACUUGGCUUUCCUUCUAUCCGAAGAUCAACGCGGAGCACAAAAACACCAA